AUGGCUGAGAUCACCCACAUCUUGCUCAGGCAGAUUAGGGACCUCGCCUACAGAACCAAUGAUGCCAUUAGUCUCUAUGCCGCCAUUAAAGAUUCAUCCAGAAUGUCCUCCAACUUCUUUAAAGAUGGAUACUCUGUCCACAAGAUUGGCUCUGAGAUCAAAAUUAUCAAAAGCGAGAUCAAAAUUAUCAAAAGCGAGGUCGAAAAUGUCAGAGAAUUUAUCGAAAAUUUUGGGAUAAAAAGCUUCAUUCGAGGGCAAAGCUCCGCUCCACAGCCGACCUACUCCUAUGACAUUCAAGAAGACGAGGUGGAGAAACUUGUAUCCCUUUUAGUUGGUGAUGAAGUUAUUUCUCUGUCGGGGAUGGGUGGCAUCGGCAAAACGAUCAAAAAUAUCAAAACCGAGCUGGGUAACAUGAUCCGUGAUAUUGGGAUUGACAUCUUCAUUGAAGGGCAAAGCUCCGCUCCAUUGCCGACCUACCGUCAAGAUUUUGUGGGGAGAGAAGAAGAGGUGGAGAAACUUGUAUCCCUUUUAGUUGAUGAUGGAGCAGAACCAGUUAUAUCGCUGUGGGGGAUGGGUGGCAUAGGCAAAACUACUAUUGCUAGAAAAGUGUACAGUCACCCCACCACCAAGGGCUUCUUCGACUCCUUUGCAUGGGUUAGCGUUUCUAGAGAGUUCGACAAAUUAUCAGUUUUGGAGAAUGUCCUCAUGCAACUCAGCCCACACCAAAUUUCCUCAAAUUUGAGCCUCAGAGGGUUGACACACAAAUUGUUACAAGUCCAGGAGACUACAAAGUGCAUGAUUGUCGUUGAUGAUAUUUGGAGCGUUGAACAUUGGGGUAAACUUCAGCCUGCCUUUGAUAAAAAAACCAAGAUUCUAUUGAUCACACGAAAUCACAAAGUUGCAAAGAUUGGAUCGGCAACCAAGGUUGGGCUCCUCAGCGACGACGAGAGUUGGGAAUUACUCAAGAGGAAAUCAUCUGUAUGCAGCAAUAUUCCAGAUUUCCAAACUAAAGAAAGUAGGCUUGAGAAAAUGGGAAAAGAUAUGGUAGGCAAGUGUGGAAACUUGCCACUUGCCAUUUCUCUGCUUGGUGAUAUAUUGAGUGAAGAGAAAUCCAGUAAAGAGUGGGAUUUGGCUUAUAGAAAAGUGAUGAAAGGUCAUAAAGAUUUGAUAGGUGGAAUUCAUCGAGUGUUGCUUCAAAGCUAUCUGGAUCUCCCGUAUUACCUGAAGCCUUGUUUUUUGUACAUGAGUAUGUACAAGGAAGGUGAACUCAUAAAUGGAUUCGAUCUGUGCUUGAUGUGGAUCGCACAGGGAAUGGUAUCGUGUGCAGGGAACUCUAGAGAAGUGGACAUAGCACAAGAGUACUUAAGUGAGUUGGUGUCUAGAUCGCUAGUGGAAGUUGUAUAUGACGAUCGUCAUCGGGACCAGACAACCAGAAUGUGUAUGCUUCAUAAAGUUGUGCGAGAGAUGUGCUUGUUAAUGGCAGAAGAAGAAGAUUUCGCCAUGAAAGUUGUGGAUUAUGAGGGUGAUCAAGCUUUUAGCCAUCUCUGGCAUGAUAGUUUAUCAAGCACCAAAAACCGGCAUUUGGUGGUGAAUUUCAAAACACAAGUACAAAGGGAAAGCAAGAAGAUGAUGAAGUGUCACAAAGUUAACACAAUAACUGUGCGAUCUCUACUCUUGAUCAAUGACAUCCCUGGAAGACCAGAGAUUGAAUUUCCCGAGUGUGGUUUGAAGAAAUUCAAAUUACUCAAAUCUCUAUACAUAUCCGGAGUUAAGUUCAAGGAUGGAAAACUGCCCAAGUCGAUCAGUAAGCUAAUUGUGCUUCGGAGUUUACGACUGCGUUAUUGCAGUUUUAACAAACUGCCAUCGUCUGUAAGCAAUUUGCUAUAUUUGCAUACCCUUGAUUUGUGGAAUUGUGGAAACGUACAGAUACCAAAUGAUGUUUUGAGUAGAAUGCCACGACUAAGGCACUUGUUCUUUCCUACCUACUCUCCUUCAUACUUCGAUGAGAAAGAGAGGGGUAUACUGAUUCUGGAGGGUCUUGAGAAUCUAGAGACAUUGGUCGGAUUCAACAGUUUGGUGCACCGACUUAAUUCUCCAACCGAAAUGACGAAACUCCAACUCUUUCAAGGUAUAUUCCACGACAACCAAAGCCUGUCGGAGAUCAUUCACACCUCCUGUACAAGCUGGAAGAAUUUAAAGUGUGGCGGUCUUCAAAUCACAGGUGGUUGCUGUUUUUCAUCUGAAAAGGAGGAGCAUGUGAUGCUUUUCAGCAAGUUGUUCAAAUUUCAGAACUUGCAUAUGUCGGUUGAAAUAGGUAAUCUGUUCAAGGAGUUGGAGUUGGAAAGCCAAGUACGAAUCUCAAAUUUGCAAAGCUUAGUCCUGUCCGAGAGUGCCAUUAUGGAGGAUCCAAUGGACAUAUUGGGAAAACUUCCCCUUUUGCUAGAUUUGUCGAUGAUUGGCGGAUGCUUUCAGGGGGUGGAAAUAACUUGUUCUGCGUCUACGUUUCCUAGGCUCGAGAGGCUUCUUAUAAGAGACUUACCACACUUGAGACAAUGGAAUGUGGAGCAAGGAACCAUGCCAGUCGUUUAUAAGGUGGUUAUCGAUAACUGCCCCUGCUUGAAGAUUGUUCCAGAUGGAUUCGAAUUCCUCCAUUCUUUAUCAUAUCUGCGAGUUUGUGGAAUGCCUGCAUUGGGAGGACGAGUGAGUGAAAGAGGUGAGGAUUUCCACAAAGUGCGGCACGUUCCUUCCAUUGUGGUCAGAGAUUGAACUCGGUGAAGCAACAUGGCUUGUUAUAUUUCGGUACUGUCUUUACAUAAUAUUUGGAGUUACA